AUGUCCCUUGACUUUGAUAGCGGAACUCUACAAACUCAACAUGAAGAUGAAGAAUAUGACCAAGAAGAUUAUGCAAGAGAACAAGAGUUGCAACAACUGUUGACAGACCUUCCUCAUGAUAUGCUGGAGGACAGUGGAGACCAGCUCUCCAGUUAUUCUGACUGCAGCAUUCAGGAGACUGAGGAGCAAUCACAUGAGCCUGGGAAGCAUGAUGGAAGGUGGACUGACCAUCCAUUGAUAAGUGAUCCUCAAAAUGGCUAUGAACAAGGACAAAAUCUCUACCCUGAACAGUUCUUGUGUGACCAGCAAAAUGAUCAUGUUGAAAAACAUGGAAAGAACUGGAAUGGCCUACAUAAUGAUGAGGAGAAGAAUCAUUUAUAUGAUGUUAAAGAAGAUUACCAUGGCCAGAAUAGUCAAGAGGAUCCUGAUGCUGUGUAUCUUGGUAGAGAUGGGUUUAAUCCUCCAAGUUGCUACCAACAGAACAAUGUGUAUCAUCUUCCUGAAAACUUCACGCCAUAUACAAAUGGCCUUAAACCAGAAUUUAACAAUCAGAAGAAUAAAAUAAUAAAUUUUCCCGAUGCUGCGAAGGAACAUCUUAAGCCAUUUGUUGCAUCUGAUGUUGUCAAUGGGCAAUCGCCAGAGUCUUACAAAGUGACUUAUAAACCAUACCAAAAUGGCAUUCAUCAAAGUAUUCCAGUAAUCCAGGAAGGAAACAGAAGAAAUGAAGUGUUUGAAGAUUUGCAGCGCGAAUUCUUGGGCAAUGAUGAAAAUUCUUCAGAAAAUAUGAAGAUCCUUCAACUUCAAGUUCUAAAUAAAGCAAGAGAGAGACAACUGGAAGAACUGAAUGAAAAGCUGGAAAAGAGUGCACAGCAGAUUAGAUAUUUGAAUCAUCAGCUUUCGAUGGUCAAAGAUGAAAAGGAUGGUUUGGCUCUUAGUCUUCAUGAGUCUCAGAAACUCUAUCAGAGUGGGAAAGAACGGGAAAUGCAACUUGAAGGUCAAAUCAAAGCCCUUGAAGCUCAAAUUCAGACUCUUUCUACCAAAGAGGAGCAGGUACUGAAGCAAUCCAAAGUGGCAGAGGUAGCCAUGGAGAGCAUGCAGAAGCAGCUGUUGGAACUUCAGCGGUCAGAUGCCCUUCAGAGAGCCAGAGAACAACAUGAGGCCAUUGUUUCAUCACUCAAGCAGAAGUAUGAAAAGCAAAUAUUAUCUUUAGAGCAGAAGCUUGAUACGACAACAUCUGCACUCCGAGAGCAGAAAGAGCUUUGCAAAAAUCUGGGAGAGCAUGUUAAGCAACUUGAAAAGAUGCUGGAAGAAACCAAAUGUGAAAAAACUGAAAUAAUCAAUCGACUGACAAGAAGCCUAGAAGAAAGCCAAAAGCAAUGUGCAAACUUACUGCAAACAGGCUCAAUGCAGGAGACAAACCAGUUACGGUUUCAACUGCAACAAGCUCAGUCUGCACACAUUAUAAGCAGUAACAUGAACAAAGCUUUGCAGGAAGAAUUAAUGGAACUGAAGGAAGAAAUAACUUUGUAUGAAUCUGCUGCCAAGCUUGGAGUAUUUUUGAAUGAUGCAGAGGGAGAGCAGCAUACAAACUUGGGUGAUUCCUAUGUGGAUUUGGGAAUUAAAAAAAUCACUGGAAAGAAGCCAGGGUUCUGCAGUGCAAUACAGAACAGAGACAUAGAAAAAGAACUCUCUAAAGAUGAAAUUAUUGUAGAAUUAAAAGCUGAGCUGGAACGUUUAUUGAGCAGUAAUAAAAUGAAGAGAAACCAGAUUAGUCGAUUACAAAAUGAUCUUAAAGACUGCCAGAAGACAUUAGAGGAAUACAAGCAGUUGAAAGCAGAAGAAGCAUCAAAAGUGUCAGAGCCUGUCACAAAUCUGACUGAUCCUUCGGUGGCCACUCCUUUGGCUUCUGAUCAUCUGAAGGAAGAAGUUCUGAGGCUUAAAAAGGCUAACCAAGCUUUGCUACAGGAAGUUGAGGACCAUACUUUGACUAUUGAGAAACUGAGGGAAAAUGAGGAAAAACUGAAAAGUUUAAAUCAAGAUCUCUGUUGUCAGAUGAGAAAGAUGGUUGAGGAUUUUGAUCAUGAUAAGCAAGAAGCCAUUGACAGGUGUGAAAGAACUUACCAACAACACCAUGAAAAUACAAAAGCACAUUUUGAGAAGGACCUGCUGGAGAGAUGUGCUGCAGAGAAACAAUGCCUUAGGCAAACUUAUGAAGAGACAAUAUCACAGUUAAAGGCUAAUAUAGAGGAGCUGAACAGAGAGAUGACUACAGUGAAGGAGUGUUACAUUGGACUCUCUAGGGAGAAGGACACCUUGGAAGCUACUUUAAGGCAGAAAUUUGAACAGGAGCAGCAGCUGAAGGAAGAGAAGCUCAAGAAACAGCUGCUAGAAGAAAAAGAGCUGUCUCUCAAACUUCUGCAGACUGAGCUUGAAGAGAAACACAGCAGGUCCAUGGUGGCAGCAAAGAGGCAGUGGCUGGAAGAAAAAGAACAGCAGGUUGAAAAGGAAGUUGCGUUAGCCAAGGUUCACUGGGAGAAGGAAGAAAAAGAGAAUAAAGAACAAGUCAUUGCCAAAAUAGAAAGAGAAUGGCAAAGUAGGCUGGAAGAAGUGAGAAGAACUGUAGUUGAAUGUAAUGACUUCAGCUGCCAAACUGACCAAACAGUUGUGGAUGAAGUUCCAACUAAAGAGUUAGAAGGGACUGUUGAAGACCAGAGGCUGCAGAUCCAGAAGGCUCUGAAAGGAAAUCAGGUCUCUGAAGAGGCCUUAAAAAAGUUCGAAUUAGAACUGGAAAAUAAAUACCAUAAAAAUCUUGCCAGCCAGGUAGAUGCAGCUUUAACCCAAGCUCGUGCCAAGUGGCUGCGAGAAUUAACAGACCUCAAAGAGUACCAGUUAGCCCUGGUUCUCUCAGCUGCCGAAGAGAAAUGGAAGAAAGACUAUGAGAGUACAGAGAGAUCUGGACUAAGAACGAAGGAACUUGAAGAAAAGAUAAUUUCUCUCAGGAAGGAAUUGGAGCUAAAGAAAGAAGAACUCCCUGCAGCUAUCAAAGCAGAACUAGCAAAGGCUCGUGCACAGUGGAACAAAGAAAAGCAAGAGGAAAUCCUGCAGAUCCAAGAGCAAAAUGAGAAUGAUUACCGGUCGUUCUUAGAUGAUCAUAGAAACAGAAUUCAAGAGGUACUUGCAACAGCAAAGGAGGAUCUUGCAAAGCAGAAGAAUGAUCUCUCCAUCCAGAAAGAAGCAGAAAUAAAGAUGUUACUAGACCAAAAGCAGCGAGAAUGGGAGGCUCAGGAAGCCAAGAGACUGCAGGAGGAAAUUAAUCGGUAUGAGGAGAAGACUCUGGUUGAGCUUGAGUAUUUGUUGAGUGAAAUUCAUGAAGAACUGGUGAAGUGCCCACAUAGUAAACAUUCUUGGAAGGAUAAGGGUUUUGACACUCAUGUCCAAAUAAAUAGUCAAUGCAAAGACAGACUGAAGUCUUGCUUACAAAAGGCCUAUAGAACCACAGUUUGCACAAUUCUGGAACAGAAAGAGCAAGAAUGGAAAGAGAAAUAUGAAGAGCUAGUGAGUAAUGCAAAUAGAGAAUCACACUCUUGCCCACUAUGUGGUGCAGGAGACACUGGGGACAUGGCAAGACCUCCUGUGUGUGUUGGACACCGAGCAGAAGCACAAAGGAGACUAAGAAGAAAGACACCCUUGCAGGAAACUGGAACAAACAAAGGUCAGAAACAUACCAAAAGGAACCUUGGGUCUCAGGAAGAUUUUUGCUGUGAACACUGCUGCCAGGAGCUUGAAAAAAGAGAGGCUGUGUGCCAGGACUUGCAAAGAAAGCUAGAGAUAGCCCACAAACAUCUUCAGCUUGCUGUGAAGGAACAUGAAGCUAAGUCAGAGAAAAUCCAAGAAAAUGAGAAGGUUCUAGAAGCUCUCAUUUCAGAAAACUCCGAGAUGAGGACUAAACUGAAAGACCAGGAAUUGCCACCAAGGUUGCAGUCAAAGGGAGAUGUCUCAAAACCUUGUACAUCCUCUGACUUGGUGAUAGGUCUGGAAGAAAUACGUGCACACUACAUUAAAGCUGUGAGCAAGAUUAAGUGCGAUAUGCUUUGUUACAUCCGGGAAAGUAAGGAACGAGCUGCUGAGAUGAUUAAAGUGGAGGUUUUGCGAGAGCGCCAAGAGACAGCGCGGAAAAUGCGCAAAUACUACUUGACCUGCCUUCAACACCUACUCACUGACAAUGGGGGACAGGAAGGAGCUGAAAAGAAAAUAAUGAAUGCUGCCAGUAAGCUUGCUGCAAUGGCUAAAGGGCUGGAAACACCUCGUCAGCACGUUCCCCAAAGCAAAUCUACCUGCUCAGCUCUGCAAUUAAAUUCUGAGCCUGGAGCUGAGUGCUCCAGAAGAGGUCGCAUGCUUCAGGCCAGGUCAGACCCUGUGGAAAGCAAAUCAUGUGGUGAAGGCAAUACUGGAAAAGCCAAUGAUAAAGUUGCCCAGAAACGUCUACCACGUGACUUGAGACAGGAGUUUGAUGCAGCACAGGCCAAAACUCAACAUAUGCUUCAUGAAACAGUGACUUCAGAUAAUAAUAGUAAUAAUAAUAAUAAUUCUAGAAGUCUGGGUGGUGCUUCAAGGGUUGCUCUACCAGAGUUUUAUCCAAAUGAAGAUGGAAGAAGAGAAAAAUACGGUCCUAUUGUAAAUGUAGACAAAGGACCUUUGUGUACUGCAAGUCAUAUAGUACAUGAGAAUGCUCCUCCUGCAUCUGCUUUUCAGGUAACAUCAGAAGAUAGACAUUCACCCAGCAUUACAGAUGGCCACACUAGCUCUGGGCCAAUUCAUCAUAUGCUUAAGAGCAAGAGUGAAAGAACUGUCUUGAAAGAGGAUAAACACAUUCAAUUGUGUAGAAAAUGGAAAACUAACUCUAAGAGAACUCAGGAAAUAGAUUUUAAAGACACUCCAGAAAGAGAUGAAGAAAGUGGCAGUGAGUGGAGUUCUGAGAGUGGCAGCCUGUAUCUGGAUUGUGGUCAUGUGCCUCUCUUGUAUCCUCAGCAGAAGGCCAGUACUAAUGUUCAAGCACAGACUUGUGAAGAGUUUCCUCAUGCCAGGUCAUUUUUCCCUGCGGAUGAAAAUACUACUACUUGGAGAGACAUUUCUAGUGGCAAUGGCAAGAUUCUCAUCACAAAAAGCAGCACAAAAGUUUGCAGUAGGGACCAGCAGAUGAUAAACCCAGAGCAUACUUCAUUCCUCAACUCUGACAAACUAAAUUUUGCUGUCACACAUCGCAAUCCAUCACCAGAUUCAAACACAGGAAAAUGCUGCAAAAAUUGCUUGGAGAAAAAUGGUGUGGAAUCUCUAGUCUCAUCAGCAAGAUAG